AUCUCCCCACCCGUUUUUGUUUUUUUACAAGCCUAGUUGUUAACACGCCGGCAAACGAUUUAAGCGGCGCGUGCUGCUCUCCUGGGAGAAAGGCGAUGAUUGGAAGGGAGGGAGGUGACGUUGUUUAAAGUGAAACGCGCAGCUAUUUCCAGAUUUGUUGGUUGGUUUCGUCCUUGUGCCCGCGUCGAUGGGUUUUAAACAGUCCGCCUUCCGCUCGGGAAGUUUUUCUCUUUUCUAACCUAGAGGUGACGCCCUCUGCAGCCAACACAAUACACCAUCUUCCCCCCCUCACCGCCCCUAAAUGCGUGCUUAUCUACUUAAAGCUUAUUGCCAGGCGUAACCCCAUUCACCAUGGGUAAGUUUCCUUUAGAGCAAACGGUGCCGAUGCAAAACUAGCCCUUCUGAAUUGAGUCCCAGCCCAGUUCUCUUGCAUCUACUCUCCCUGCUGGAAUUCAACUGGGAUUACUUCCAGAUUUUGUGUUUCUGCUCCUGAAAAGCAAAUCAGCUUCUUAGAAACUUUAUAUGAAAUUCUGAUAAUUCAAAAAUGGCAACAGAUAUCAAGAAUAAUGGCUUUGAAGAUGACGAUAUAACAGAGCACAUACUGAUAGACCAAAGCUCAUUACCUCCUAUAGUUGCUGAAUACGAUAAACAUCUUGGAGAAAUGAAUGAACAACUGAAAUACUGCCAGAUGCAGAUGAAAGAAAUGAGGCUAAAACUUGAGCAAGUCAUCAAAGAAAAUGAAAGAUUGCAUGAGGAGUUAAAAGAAGCAAUUGAAAAGCAGUUGGAAGUUCUGCCAUCUGGUUCUGUUUCAAGGGAUGCUACAUUUAUGGAUGAAAACUUAAUAAGAAACCUUCAAGAACAGUUGCAACUAGCAAAUAAAGAAAAAGAACAUGUCCUAGAACUUUGGCAGAUGGUUACACGGGAAUUGGAGCGACUUCAACAGAUAUACCAGGAACACAUGACAGAAGCACAAAUUCAUAUUGUGGAAAGGCAGAAGCAAAAAGAUCAAUUGACAAGCUUUCAGCAGCUAACAAAACAGUUACAUUUAACUAAUGAAAAAACUGAGUCAAUUAAUCAGGUGUUUCUGAAGACGGUAACAGAACAAAUUGUAGAGCUGGAACAGCUGCGCAAGCAACAAAGACAAUCCAAAUUGGACUUGAGAACAGCAGUUGCAAAAGCUGAUGAAAUGAUGAGAUUCAUUGAGGAUCUUCGCAGCCAAAUAAACAGAAAGGAAGAAGAGGUCUUAGCUGCUCGUGAAAAAGAGGUGGCAUCAGAUAAACGCUUGCAAGAAUUGCAGGCAAGCAUAAAACAAUUGGAAACAAGACUUUGUGUAGCUACAAAAGAUUCCAAACAGCUAAGAUCAGAAAGAACAAAUCUUGAAAAAAUAAUUCAGGAGCUGCAAACAAAAUGUGUGAAUAUAGAAGAAGAGAAGUAUGAUGCUGUAGCAAAAGUCCGAGAGAGCUUGCAACUCAUAGAAGAAGCUAAUCUCCAGAAGAGUCAGGCUAUGCUAUCAGAGAAACAAAAAGAAGAAGAAAUUGAAAGUAUGAAACAAACAGUUUCUCAGCUGGUUCAAGAUGCUGCUUUAAGAACAAGGAAAGAAGUAGAAAACGAGAGAAAACGAUACAAUAUUCAAAUUUCACGUUUAACAGAAGAGCUUACUGCAGUUCAGAUGGAAUGUGGAGAAAAGCAAAGCCAACUAGAACGAGCAAUUAGAGAAAAGCAAGCAGUUGAAGAAGAACUAGAGAAAGUGUACCGUGAAGGUAGAGGAAACCAAGCUGAUUAUAGAAAACUAGAAGAGCUUUACCAGAGGUGUCUGAAUGCUGAAUGUACAAAAGAUGAUCUUCAUCUUAGUUUGCAAACAGCACAAAAUAAAAUUAAGCAACUGGAACUGAAAUAUGAAGAAGAGAAAUGCCGUUGCCAAGAAAAUAUGUGCAAGCUGCAAAGUAUUCUGGAUUCUGAAAGGGAGAAAUGUGGAGCUAUAAGUGAAGAGCGCUUAAAGCUGCAACAAGGGAAUGAACAGCUUCAAAAAGAAAUGGAAAACUUGAAAAAACUAACAAUGGAGGCACAACAUACUGCAAAAUUAAAGAUAAGUACAAUGGAGAAUGAACAUUUACUAAAAGAACAUGGGUUUGAAAUUCAACUGAAAGAGAUGGAAGAUGUAAAUCAAAACUCAAUAACUGAGCUUAGACGGCUGUUGAUGGCUCAGCAAAAGGCAACAAAUCGCUGGAAGGAGGAAACAAAGAAAAUAACAGAAAUAACUGAAUCCAGAAUAAACUGUCUAAAAACUGAGCUGAGUCGUCAAAAGCUUCACACCCAAGAUUUAUUUUAUCAACUGGAAAGAGCAAAUGAAAAGGUUAUUGAGAGCGAAAAAUUAAUGAGGGAAUAUCAAGAAAAAGUCAACCGACUUCAAAGUCGACUAAAUCAGGCAGAAGAGAGGGCAACUACAGCAACUCAACAGCUCAGCGCCAUAACAUUGCAGAAGAAAAAGGCUGCCUACUUGAUAGAGCAAAAAGAAAUAAUGAACAAGCUGGAAAAGAAGAAAGAGAAAUAUCUUCAAGUCGUAGAGGAAACCCAAGAAAAUAUCAACUAAAUGUUCAGCAGCUGUGAGAAAAGCAGAUACCAUGCUUGAGAUUGUUAAGGAAUGAAUUCAAAAUAAAAACAACAGUAUUGUAAAUCCAAGUCUAUGUGAAUGACUCAAUGACAUGCCCAUUUGUUUUCGGAAGAAAGCCGAAUGCCAUUUCAAAUCUUCUAUCUUAGGUGCAUCUGGGUCCACUGGCGAACUGUUGAAGAGCACCAAAUUUUCCAUCGAGGAGAAAGAGGAAGGCAUACCUGGAGAGACACCAAUAAAUGUGUUAAAGAUGUUCUAAAAUUACCCAUCCAGUAUUACCUUUAGUAAAAACUUCCGCUAGUUGCACUAAAUUCUUACUGGAAUGAAUGGGAUUUGAAAAUGAAUUUAAUCCAUUUCAUUUUCCCCACUGAUCUCAAUAGGGCUUAUAGUAAAAUUAAUUUACUAUAGCUACAACUCUUUGUUUACUCAUGUAGGUGGUAUAGCCAGUGCUAACAUGGGGUAUUAAUUUCAUAUUAAAUUGUAACUUAGGUACCUAAUCAGUUAUGUCAGUAGAAAUAAAUUAAGGUGUUUUAACGAUAAAACUACUUUGAUGCACUAAACACCGUCUUCAUUAUUUUCUUUUUAGUCAUUUUAGUCCUGCCUGUUCUGUAGUAGGGAAUGUAUAGCAUAUUCCCUGCUACAGUAAUGACAGCAUUGGUAAUUUUUUGGCACAUUUUGACCUGUGUGCCUUAAGCGUUAAAUGUCUAUAGAAAUUCUCAGUCAUCCAGAUCAUGGUUGUCCGAAAGGUGCUUUUUCAAGAGGCAACUGGACUUUCUAGUUUUUCCCAGCGUAGUUCAACUAAAGUAAAAAAAUUCCUCCUAACACAAAUUCCUCAGUCCUAUCGCAAACCUUGGUCCAAUUAGGCAAACUGCCAAAGGCCUUUCUUGGCAAACGUUCAGAAGUCAUAAAAAUAAAUGCAAGACGUACACGAAGCAGAAGACGAAGCUACCAACGUUGUUUUCUGGCAAAGCCGAAACACUGUUGCUGGUCUGUUUUAAGCCUUAUGGGAGUGGCCAAUCAUCUCUUGGCCCUAUUCCCAAGUUAUCCUUUUUGCUUGAGCUGGUCUUGCCUUCUGGCAGCUCUUCUCAUGCGUGCAUUAGGAACAGGCUCCUCCUGUUCCUCUGCCUCACUACUAUCAGUCUCUGGAGGGUCUAGAGUCCACACCUCACUCCUCGAUGGCCCUGGCCUCACCUCAGCCUCAUCACUGUCCGACUCCGUUGCCAGCUCUGCAGGCUGCUGGUGGGCCACAAGUAUAUAAGUCUAAGUGCUAUUGCUAUCUCCAGAUUACUAAGCGUAUUAUUGGCCUUAUCCUACUGACUAGGAGUAUAUACAAUGUAUUAACAAAUACUUAGAAUGCAUUUCUAAAGGCAAUAUAUAAACUGUGUAAGGACAGGGGAAAAGAAAGGAUGGUUAGCACAGAUAGAAAGAUAUGGAAAGCUACAGUGUGUAUUUGUAUGUUAUCUAUAUGUAUAU